UCCAUUGACAAUGUUCUCCCGCGCCGCUGUUCGCCCGGCCGUCAAGGCCGGCAGUGCCGUUCUCUCCCGGUAGGUCGUCGAACCUUUCUUCCGCUUGUCCACCACCACCCACCAUCACCACCAACACCACCAAUUACCCCCCCAUGUCGUUCACACAUACCACCCCAAUCACUCUGCUGGAACCGAAUUUAUAUGGGGAGGAACAAUUGGGCUAUUGCACUGGAUAGGAAUGGUCAAGAAUAAUAUGGCUAAUUAUCUAGAAGCACUGCGCCCGCCAACGCCGCCAACUUCGCGACUCUGCGUGAAAUUGAGGGCCGUCUCAAGUCGAUUAAGAACAUCGAGAAGAUCACCAAAACCAUGAAGAUCGUUGCCUCGACUCGUCUUACUCGUGCCCAGAAGGCCAUGGACGAAUCGCGUGUCUAUGGUAAAACCUCCAACACCGUCUUCGAGAACGCCGAAACCAAGCCCCUCGAGGACAAGAAGACUUUGAUCGUCGUCGCCAGCUCCGACAAGGGUCUCUGUGGUGGUAUCCACUCCGGUCUGGCCAAGGCUACCCGCCGUAUCCUCCAGGAGAACCCUAACGCCGAGAUCGUUGUGCUCGGAGAGAAGGCCAAGGCUCAGCUGGCCCGUACCAACUCCGAGGACGUCGUCCUGAGCUUCAGCAACGUCUGCAAGGACAUCCCCACCUUCGCUGAUGCCCAGGCCAUCGCCGACCAGAUCGCUCUGCUGCCUGGCGAGUACGCUAGCGUCAAGGUUCUGUUCAACUCCUUCGUCAACGCCCAGAGCUACGAGCCCCAGACCAUUGAUGCCUUCUCUGAGGAGGCUAUCACUCAGUCCCCCAAUAUCUCUGCUUUCGAGGUUAACGACGAGGUCUUGACCAACCUCCGUGAAUACUCCCUUGCCAACAACCUGUUCUGGGCUAUGGCUGAAGGCCACGCCUGCGAAAUCUCGGCUCGUCGUAACGCAAUGGAGAACGCCUCGAAGAACGCUGGUGAGAUGAUCAACAAGUUCCAGAUCUUGUACAACCGUCAGCGUCAAGCCGCCAUUACCGGUGAACUGGUUGAAAUUAUUACCGGUGCCACCGCCAGUGCUGACAUGUAGAAGCUGUCAUGAUGCUUCUGUGGAGAAAAGUCGCCAUGUGUGUAGACUUAUCCGUGAAUACCUAGACUUGUUCCACCAUGUAAAAUCAGACGAAUUUACAAUUUCUUUUGUUCUCCUUGAUGUGGAUUUUGUGGGUAUUCUGGUGGAAAUGGCUCUAUGCUGGUCCAGCCCUAUGUUCCAAUAUAUCCAGUUUCGAUGUAAAAAGAUAAAAAUUCAAUGAAGACCCAUGUAUAUAUGCUAUUGAAUGCCAUUUAAAUUCACAAGCCAGGCAGUCUUGCAGGGCAUUCACUGUCCACUUGACUCCUCUUUAUUCCCCCG